AUGGCCCCAUCGUCGCAUCUAUUGGCUCCGAUAGUUUUGCUGUCGCUGAUCAGCGUUGGCCAAAGUAUCCUGCUGUACGCGCCGAGAUCGCUGGUUCAGUUCACGAUAGGCGUCUCAGUUCCGGUAUCCAUGAACAAAAGGGGCGGCGUGGUGUUCUCCACCGCAUUCCAACUAAAUUAUAAACUUCCAACGAACUUGUCGGAGCUCGAGCCUACAAUAAUACCGGCCCGCCAGAUGAGGGACUUGCGUCUCCAGGACACUUACGAGACCAUCGAAAAUAUGUUCGACCGGCAUGGCUGGCGGGACGGCAAGAACUGUCUUUUAAGGACCAUUUGCGAGCUCGCGGAGACACCGUUUGGCAGGACACGAGGGCAGGACGUUCUCGAGGAGGUGAUCCACUUAAUUUUAACACCCACCGAGGACUUGCCAGGGACAGCUAAUUCCACUCACCGCAGCGUCGACGAAUUGUAUCGGGAAGCGGAACGAUUGGGAGGAUCUGGCGGUGACUGCGUCCUGGCCUAUCCAGAUUGCAUCGAGUCACCUUUGGAAUCAUUCACGAAGAUCGCAUUCCCUUAG